AUGCAUUCUCGUGCUUAUUUAUUGAUAAAACGUGAUCUAUAUUUACUUGAUAAUAAUCCAGUGGAUGGCAUUGAUAUUGAACCGAUUAUUGAUGAUAAUGUUUUUGAUUUAACAUUAUUUCUUCGUCCAGUAAAAAGUUCUCAAUGGUAUGGUUCUAUGUUUCGAAUAUUUUGUUCAUUUUAUGAUACAUUUAAUGUUCAACCACCAAUACUUCAAUUUGAUCCAAUACAUAUUCCAUAUCAUCCAAAUGUUGAUCCAAUAACAGGUCGAGUUAGUUUAUCAACAAGUGAUAAAUGGAGUUCACGUUUUACAUUACGUUCAUUAUUUGAUGAAUUAGCUAAUGCAUUUAUAACACCAAAUCAAAAAACUGUCAUCAAUUCUGAUGCUAUGCGUAUGCUUAAAUAUCGUCCAACAGAUUAUCAAGCUAUAAUUCAUGAUUCUAUUGUAAAAAGUCAACAAUUAAUGGAUUUAAUUAAUGAAGAAAAAAUAAAUAAUAAUCAACAAUAUACUAUUGUAUCCAAAGGAAAAGAUGCUAAUCGAGCACGUGUACGUACACCAGGAAUUGGUACACGACGACAACGUAAUAAUUUAUCAUUAAAUCAACGAAUAUCAUUUGAAGAUUAUCUUAGUACAUGGAGAGGUAUAGCAACAUCAAAAGCAAAUUCAAAUGAAGAAAAUUCAUUACUUAAUUAUUUAAGUUUACAACCAAAAUUACAAGCUCAACAUCUUGCUUUAAAUCCAGAUGAACUUGCUCGACAACUUGAUGAUCGAGCACUUCAAUUUGAAAGACUUAAAUAUGGUAAAUUAACAAAUGAUGAACGUGGACGUAAACUUGUACAAGUUUCACAAAUGAGUUUAAAUGAAAGUAAUCAACGACCACUUGUUGUUACUGAAGCUAAUAGUCGUGUUGAUAUAACAACAAAUUAUGAAAACAAUAUUCGACAUAUAGAAGAACAUAAUCUUAUAAAAAAUGAUGAAGUUGAUGAACUAAUUGUCUGGACACAAUGCCUACCGGAUACAGAUGAAACUAUUGAAGAGAAUUAA